CGCUACUUACCAAUACACUGCAGACGAAUGUUUGGAAUUUGAUGGUCAGACCUCGAAGAGGGGUCAGGCUGCAGACCCUCCCAGCAACAGCGCGCGGCUGCUCACGUACAUUCGCUCACUUGUUACCUUGGCCACCAGGUGGCGGAGGGAAAGGUCUUGCAGUGACGUCAGCGGCUCGCUCUGAUUGGCCACGCGGAAAAGGCGGAGAUAAUGUUGGCACUUGAGUUGCGCUUUCAAACGAAACACUUCGGAGCGCAUCGAGAAGUUCGUUCGCGGCCUCGAGGAUAGAAGGGAUCGUAAACAUCUGGAAGUAAGAACUCAUUUGUUUAGGGGAGUGUCAAAUAAAAAAGCAAUUUCAAUAUACAAAAAUAAAUACAUAAAAAAAGAAUCAGUAGCUUUCGAAGUGUUUCCGUCUUGAAAAAAAAUCUAAAAGCUCCGAGAAGAAAGCAUCUCAAGUUCCAUUAAUACCACAGCAUUCUGCAGCGGCGCUUGUGGAGCAAAAGUUGUGAGUUUAUUUUCAGUGAUCGCCGAAAGCAAAGAUCAUAACAGUCGCCCUGCACGAGCUGCUUAAGUGAGAAUUGAAGUGGGAAGUCCGAGGAAAUGUUGCGGAAGAGGGCAGACAGCAAGGCCGCGGCGCUGGGGCUGUUGACGGACAUCCAGACCUGCAUUAGGACGGACAGUCUGGAGAGCCAGUAUGAGUUGACCGCCAACGAGCUGGGCAGAGGUAAAUUUGCUGUGGUGAAGAGAUGUAUAGAGAAGUCGACAGGAAAAGAUUACGCUGCCAAGUUCCUGAAGAAGCGGCGGAGAGGCCGUGACUGCAGAGCAGAGAUCAUCCAUGAAGUGGCGAUACUUGAAAUGGCACGGUGGAACACUCGAAUCAUCAGUCUGCAUGAAGUGUACGAAACAGACCACGAAAUCAUCCUGGUUUUAGAAUAUGCUGCAGGUGGAGAAAUUUUCGACUUCUGCGCUUCAGAAGAAACACUUACAGAGAGAGAAAUCACUCGAGUUCUCUGGCAGACCUUGGAAGGUGUUCAGUUUCUUCAUCACAACAACAUUGUGCAUCUGGACCUGAAGCCACAAAAUAUACUGCUUACCAGUCAUAAUCCACUGGGUGAUAUUAAAAUAGUGGACUUCGGCCUGUCACGGAAAGUGGGGAAUUCCAGUGAGCUGCGGGAAAUCAUGGGGACGCCUGAGUACGUAGCACCAGAAAUAUUGAAUUAUGAACCUAUUACAACUGCAACAGACAUGUGGAGCGUGGGAGUGAUUGCAUAUAUGUUAGUGACGGGUGAAUCUCCUUUUUGCGGAGAUAAUAAACAGGAAACAUAUCUCAACGUAUCACAGGCCAAUGUUGACUACAGCAAGGAAGCUUUUGAAGAGGUUUCUGAACUUGCAGUAGACUUCAUCAGGAAGCUGCUAGUGAAAUCGCCUGAGGACCGACUGAGUGCUGCAGACUGCCUAUCUCAUCCAUGGCUGUGGCAGACCCCAGAAACUUCAGAAUCCGACUCCUGUCUGUCCCCGCCAAGGAGAACACCGGGCAAGUGGUGCUGGGAGGAUAAAGAAAAUAUGAUGGAAGAUGGAGCCUCUUCUUGUAAAAGAUUUUGUUUUGAUAGCCUCCUCAGUGGAGAAAGCAUACUUUGAGUCAUCAUUUUCAGUGCUAGCACAUAUUGGUAAAGGUUCUGGAUAUUUGCUCUUUCUAAAGGGGUUUUGCUGCUAAAAAUAUUAUAUUAACACGGAAAAAUAUCCUUGUUAAUAAAGUCUUUUUGGCUGUCAUACUGAAAGAGAACAAAAAAAAAAGGAAAAUGCAUAAUGAUCGAUAGACUGGUGGUGAUACGUUGCUACUUCUGCCGCAUGAUAUGAAAGUAAUCGGGCAGAAGCUUACUUACUUGUUUACAUGUUAAAAAUGUUCUCCUUCUGUAUCAACCCCAUCGUGUGCCUGUCUGUCUUUCUCUGGCAAGCUGAACUGGGAUUGCACACGCUAGAUUUACUGCACUUUGCAUUAAGUUUAUUUAUGGUUUCGCCAUAAAAUUGCACUUUGAAAACUGGAAAGAAACAUAAAAAGUGGUAUUUGUUUGGUACUUUCAGUGUCUAUGAAGUUUUGAUCUCCGAAACAUUGUACUAAAAUAUUUUUAUUUUGUUUUAUUAUUUUUUUGUGUUUAUUUUUGCUUACUGCAUUUAUUUCUUUGUUUUACAAGGCACCAUGUUACAAUGUUAUAUAGUGCAGGUCUCCAGUUGACUUAUUUUCUGUUUUAGAGCAGAAUUUCUACAUGUAAAUUCAUAGCCUUUUCAUGCUACUUUGCAUUUGAUAAGGCUGUUACUAUUACCACCAAACAAGCCUCCAUUCCUUGAAAAAUAGCAUUCUCGUUGUCUUCUUCAAUUACGCACUUUUCAUAUGGGAAAACCUGGAUUAAUUCAUAUAAUAAUAGGCUUAUUAAAUGUACCGUCAUUAGAAAAGAGGAUAUGUGGAUACAUAGCAUGCUGUGUAUACAUCUUAAAUUUGCAAAAUCUGUUAUAUAGUAUUGAAACAGCAAGCCAUAUUUGACAUAAUCAAAUACAAAGAUAAUAAUUUAUAUUUGAUAAAGCUAUCAUUAAAAGUGCACAAUCAGUUAGUCUAUAAAAGUAUAUACCUGUUCCAGAUAGUAAUUCAAAUAAUAUUUGCUUUCACAAUGUUGUACAUUGUGUAUCAGUGCUGCUAAUGGCACUCUACAGACUAAAGAGUAAAUUCAUUUUAGAAAUUCUAAGAUUAAUUGAUGUUUCUUGCAAAUGCAGAAUUCAUUGUUACUAAUUUAUUGUAAAAUAAUUAAUAUCAGCAAUUCUAGACUGGUCCUUUAUUGAUCCGUAUCAGAACAACUUGUUAAAAUAAAUGCAUGUCCAGUUUUUAUACUGUAUAUUUCUUUGUUUCUGAAAGUAUUUCUGUACUAUUUUACAUCGCAAUAGUAUGAAACUCCAGUUUAAGUACAGUAUCAACAGGGAAUCUUUCUUAAAUUACUUCUAUCGCUGGCUUUUUAUACUGCUCAUUUGUAUUUGUAUCGUUUUUCACGUUUGUCCGCUACCUCACAUCAUGGACCCUGUUCUGCCCAUGGCUAGUGAUGUGUGAUUUGCAGUUGAUAUUUCUUUUGUACUGUUAGCUUUGGUAAACUGUGAGGUUCUUUUUCGGUGUGCUAGUGUGGUAUCAUCACAGGGAGUGGAGAUGGGUUGGCGAAUGCAAGUCCUUAAAUAUUAUAACUGAAGUCUAGAGCUGAGAACCCGACACCUGAAGCCAGUGUGUAGAAGAGGUCAGUUAGAGAUUUCGAUUGAUUGAUGCUAAAUAUCAAAUGAUGCUGUUAGGAAGGCUCAUGAUUCAGUGAAGCAGCUCAGUCACAAACAAAAGCUCUUUGUAUGUCUCGACUGCCAACUGAAUGCAGCGUAUCUGUUUGGCUGCACUGGUGUGGCCUUUCCGUAGUUUGCCCCUGUGCUGCAUCCCAUGGGGGGUCCCGCAAUAAUUCGACUGCAGCGUUUGUUCCACAUACCUGGUUUGAUUAUGCAGGCGGUCAUCAGGUGGUCUGUCUGGCAGGCGACCUUCAUGUCAGUUUUUACUGUAUUAUUAUGCAAUAAGUGCAAAGUUCUCUCCCCAAGUGCUGAACCUAAAACUCCAAUAGCUCUCCUGUUGAUGACUACAGUUGGUAAAAACUAAAAUCAAGGCAUUUUUAAACAUGGCACAAAAAUAUCUGAGUAACCAAUACUACAUAUAGUACUGUAUAUUUUUAAGAUUAAAAUUAUAUUUAUAUGUAUUAAAGAGUUGAGGCAUUUCUAUUAAAUCAGCUAAUCUGUAAGAGGUACUGGUCAAGUGCCGAGUAAAUGCCCAGCCAGCAAGUGCUGCCUGCUGUAAAGAAAUCCAGAUUUCAUUGAGCCCCACAGAAUAUAUGCACAUAAGUAUACAUAAGUAUAAGAAGCCAUAAAUGUAUCAGGAGAUUAGAAAUAAUUUAAAAUAAAACAACUAAUUGGCGAGUUUAAGGCAUCUCCGCGGUUUAAUUCUUGUACAGAAAUACAAAGUCUCGACUAAAGGCAACUUAAUGACUCUUUUCUAGCACUAAAGUUUGUGUAAAGAACAACACAGCCAUCAAACCGCUUUUAUUAUAACAAAAAAUUCAUAUUACUGUAAAUCUUUGUUCCUCUAAAUUGUUUUAUUGUAAAGGCAAAUUUACAUUCUAAUUAAAACAAUCUACACCGUAAAAUAUAUUUAACAUAAAAGUUUGAGAUUCUUUUUAAAUGUGAGCCGUAAUGUACAGUAAGCUUUUUAAAUUCCCCAGUGAUUUUGGCACAUAAGACAUAUUACAAAUCACGAUGGCCACAUACUUUAAUAUCAAUAUUAAUACAAUAUAUUAUAUUUUGAGUAUUUUCUAUUCUUUAUUGGGUCUAUAGAAGCAAUAAACUGAACUGAAUGUGAUCUUUAAAAAGGAAAAAAAUGCAUUUGUUAGUCUUCCUCAAACACUUCACAUUUCUAAUCAAGGAGGACAGGUCGAGUGUGGAGGAUGAUCACCUUGUAGCACUUUCAUAUUUUUAAUUACCUUGGACCAUCACUCUGACCAUUAUUUUACAGCAAAAGCUGUUAUUUUUAGAAUUGUCAUUUUAUGCAAUAUACCAUACCUGGGCAAUAAGAUACUCGUAUGAGAAAUCGAAGUGUCUUUGUGAGUUACAGUGCCACAAAUCUGACUCACUAAGUACAGGCUGAGAAUCCCUUAAUCCAAAAUUAGAUAUUCCAAAUGUUUUUGAGUGUCGACACGACACCACAAGUAGAGAAUUUCACACGUGGCUUCACUUGCCCAUGAGGCACUCUGACCAAUGUUCCCUGUUUUUUUUUUUUUUGAUGAGCUGAUACUUACCAUUUACGACUGAUCUCUUCAGUCCAACCAGAAGUUCUGAGGACCACAAAGCAUCACCACACAAACAUGGAGCAGGGCAGGGACACGAAACCAAAGGGUGAAAGUUGAGAUAAACAACUGCAUGGCAGUUCAAAAGAGGUCCUGUUGAUGCCAGCAUAUUACUAACCAUCAUCGUCAUCGCCAGUCCUACAUGUAUUACUCACUGUUUUUUGUUAAUUCUCUGUAACCCUUUAAUCAAAGCACAGCCUCAUCAGCGUUUGUUGUUGCUGCUACAGGUAUUCUGCUGAUGCUGCUGUGCACAAACUUUGUUUCAUGCACAUAAGUAUUCCAUAAAUAUUGUAUGGAAUACCUUCAGUCUGUGUGUAUAAGGUGUGUAUGAAACGCAAAUAAAUGUUGCGUUUAGGCUUCGGUUCUAUCUCCAAGAUAUCUUAUUAUGUAUAUACUAAUAUUCCAAACUUUGAAAACACCUGAAAUUUGAAGCACUCCUGGUCCCAGGCAUUUGGGAUUAAGGAUACUCAAUCUGUAAUAUAAAAUAUAAAAUAUAACACACCUUGUCUCCAAAACAGUAGGCCUGAAAAUCAGAAAUACAGAAAGUCAUAUUUUAAGACAAAAUAACAGAAUUUUCUGUAUUGAGGUAAACCUACGAUUGAUUAUACCUGAAGAAAUAAAUGUGUUGGACUAUUCUGAAUACCACCGAAUUUUUGAGCGCUUAUCUAAUCCGCCCCCACAUAAAGAUGAGAUUUCUUGGGCUCUGCUAAAUUUCGCAUUGCUGUUUUUCUCUCAGCUCCAGACAAUUAGCCGUGGCUGAGAGAAAACCACCUGCCGUGUGUGUGUGUCCCAGUGACUGUGUCAAGCUGUUCAAAUAUGCAAACAGCAAAAAUGUUUGUUUGUAUGCAAUGUAUGAGCAAAAUCAAACAACAACAACAGCAAGCGUGUCGCUGGUCUUACAUUAACACGAUCAGUGCAUACUGUGCUGCAGGCAUAAUAGGAAGGGAAAUUAGAAGUUGCUUUGUUUUUGUGAGGUCCAUUUAAUUACAUUUUACAGUUAUUACUGAGAUUAUGGCUAGCAAUCAACAAACGGAAAACUAGUGAGUAAAAUCUUUUUAACUUAAACAUGGCACUGAUUUUACUCCUGGGUGUCCGAAGUGCCCUCCUUUAAAGUACGACAUUGCAAGUUCUCCUGGGGCUUUCAAAAGAACUUGUGCCUCUGAAAAGAAGUUUUGUUACAGUAUCUAAGGAGACGUAGUGCCAUGUCACGUAGUUAUGAGAUGUCUGUCAUGGGCGGUGAGCAUUCAUUAAAACAUACCGCAUGAUUCACACGAAUUAAGAGCCUGAGGGUGAAGGAGGCCAGUUUCUUCAUCUGAUGUGUAGACCACUUUGAAAGUCUACUAACAAAGCUGCACACAUUCGGGGCUACUUUUAAAAGUCCACAUCUGUAUACCCAGGAGGAGCUGGAGGUGCCAACAUGAGUUACCUGAACUCGUGUAAAUUUAACUCAGACUUGGACCUCAAAAGCAAACUUACAACCCAGUCUGCCAAGCCAUUUUUUUUUCUUCCUGUGUUGCAAACCAAAGUGAACACUUUAGAGUUGACCUUAUCUUGAACUUCUUAUCUGAAAGGUUCAGAUGGUCUGGGCUAAGUUCAUCUAUACUGAUCUUAUGGCUUCUUAAAUAGAAAGGCAAGUGGAAAUGGAUUUGAGACGCUUCGCACUCGUUUGCUGCGAAGCUACUGAGUUCUGUUCAGUUAAGGUUUGUUUGUGCCGUGGUUUAAUGAAUUUCUGCCGCCUUCUACAUUCCAGUCACAACAUGCUCUUACAAUACAAAAAAGUAUUCAUUCUUUUGAGAUUUGCACAAGGGCCCUGGUCUAGGUGUUCCUUAACUCUUUCAUGUAAGCUUUACUGUCUGAAAGGCACUCGGCCUGCACAAGGCAUUUUAAUAGCAAAAAGAAGAACAAUCUCACAGUUCUGAUAUUAGCCAUAGUGUUCGGUUUAAGAAAUAAUAUUUCUUGACUUCAUGUUUCUUAGGAAUCUCACUUUUUUGGUAAAAUAAGCCUUUAAUUGCAAGAAACAAUAUUUUUAUUGAAAUAUUAACGCAUAUAGAUAGGCUGGCAUCAGGGCCGGUGCCUACUUGGCAGCCAUUGCAGCUGAGGGAGGCUCUAGCUCUCUCCAACCUGGUACUGGAAAAAAAAUGGGCUCAGAAAAUAAAUGGGUGGAUAUUUAUAUGGAGGUGUAAUAUUUUAUUUUACUGUGUUUUUGAUGGGCCAUUUUUAACGUUAAUACUUUAUAUGACGUCAGAUACAUUGCAUAUUCCUUGAAUUUUCUUAUGCAGUUUUGGUAAAGACAUGCAAGGCCUAUACUUGUAUUGUACGGGUUGUUUUGCCUCGUGGCAGGCCCUGGGUAAAAUAAUUCAGGGGAGUAUCUCUUUAUUAUGUAAAAUUGCUGUAAAGCCACAAGUCAUUUUUAAAAGUAUGUAUAUUUAUAAUGCAAUAUGUUUAGUAUUUUUAUAAAAUGAAGGGACAAAAGAUUUUAUAGUUGUACUUUUGUACUUUAAAGGCCAUGUUUUACUUAAAGGUUGCUGGUCAAAACCAUAAUGAUUGAAAAUAAAAAGUAAAUGAAACAUUCAAGAAA